CGGAAAGCUCGUUCGGGUUGAUAAUACUUUCCUAAACAUACGAGCCUUGUACGCAAUGUGCUUGAUAAUCAUAGGCCGGAGACCUAGGAGCGGUCGCCGGGCCAGCGCCUGAAUGUGCAGUAUGAGGAAACGGUCGAAGCCGCGGCCGGCAGCAGACACUCCGCUUGCAGUACUUUGCAUUGCUGCAUUGGUGGUAGUCAAUGGUGCAUUUGGCGACCGCGGGAUCAGCAGGGGGCUGCUGCAGACUGUUGGGAGUCCCAGCGGCAGCACGGACGCGGGCAGCACCUACACUAUUAACACAGCGCAGUCCGUCUAUGUGGUGGUGGCCGAACCGACGGAGUUUGUGUCGGCCGUCCAGUCGUGCAGCAGCCUGGGCCUGGUCCUGAUACCGUUCUCUGUUAUGAUGCACGCCUUCUCCGAGCUCUCGGUUUUCAAUUCAACAUUCGUAACGGACGUGUUCGGCGUGGUCACGUACGUGGUUUCAUUGAGCGACAAGGCGCAGGACAGCUACGACAUGUGGGUGUGGGAGCCCACGCGGCCAUGCCGAGGAGAAUCCUACGUGUUCCGUCAAGAUGACAAUCUGUUCAAGAGCAAUGACCGGCCGUGCACCUGGAAGCUGCCGUUCACAUGCACGGACCGCACGACAGCGAUGGCGUCUACUGGUUACACGGCUGACCGGUUGUCGGACUCUUGGCUGCUGCGAAUGGAGCAAUCACGUGCCGCACCCAGCCCGAUGCCGCCGGUGAUUACUGCCGCUGCGGCAUCUGGCGGCGCGAACGGGACGGGGGCGGCGAUGACGCUAGUGACCAGCGACUUGGCGAUUGGGUUUGACACGGUGCCACCGGGGGCCACGUGGUACGACGGCACAGACACUUAUCGCGCACAGGGGCCGCUUGUGUCCUUGUUGUGGAGGGUGGAUCCCAUCACCCAGCGCCUGGAGGGGCUGCUGCCGCUGCACGAGGGCAACCCGGCAGCGCCAGGGUUCGUGCCGGCAGGAUCACGUGCCUUCCAGCUGUUGCUCCAGCCUGCGGACAUCUCGGGACAGACGGGCUUCAUUGGGUCCAGCACUGGGGACGCCAGCUCCUGGGAGGGCCGCCACGUGGGCUCCUGGCACGAUUACAUCAUCCGGGUGCAGGGCUGCAUGAGCCCGGCCGGCGGGCUGCAGCGGCUGGCGCUGGUCAGCCGCACGGGCGCGGUGCAGGUGGUGGGGCGGUCUGACUGCGGCGGCCGCUUCAGCCAGGAGGCGCCGCCGGGCGGCCACCUGGCGGCACUGCAGGUGUGGCACAGCAACGCCACGUCGCGGCCGCGCACGGGCACCUUUGCCGACGCGUUCACCAUCCAUCAGAUCCGGCUGGUGUGGGCCUCCCCGGACCCGGCGGCGACGCCCGCCUCGCUGGCAAGCUGGGUGCGGCCGCUGCCGGUGGUAGCUGCCAGCAGCUGCCCCGCCUCCGCCAAGCGGCCCAUGCAGGUCAAUGUUACUGCUGCUAACCAGGUUUAUGAGUGCGGCUCGCGGAGCGGUCUCGUUUGCGGAAGCAACACCUGCUGUGGCGACACUAUUAUUGACGUUGGGACGCGCCUGCCGGUGCAAGUGUGCGGCCGCGGUCUGGGCCCCUGCCUGGUCUCCUGCCGGCCCGGCUGGGGCUACUGUGGCGCGCCACCUGAGGUCGAGUCACUGCUGUUCACCUAUACGCCGACCGACACACGCCUGCCCGCCAUCCUGCCGGCGGGGCAGCUGCCAUCAGAGCGCCAGGGAGCCGGCACGCCGCCGGACGUGCAGCUGGUGUUCUCGGCCGACGUCAAGAUGGAGAUGACCUACAAGGCCGCGGUGGACUACUGCGGCUCGCUGACGCAGCUGGGUCUGCGCUGGAGCCUGCUGGAGCUGGAGGAUGUGGUGGGCGUGUGGGGCCGGAGCAUGGACAUGCGCCUGCGAGCCAACACGGAGCUCUUUGGCGAGUGGCUGUGGGUGGCGCGCAGUCAGCUUAUGGACGACGCCGCGCCACCCGGCAUGGGCUGCCUACGAGGCAUGUACGGCUUCCUCAUGGCCGAGUGGCCGCUGCACCAGGUCACUCCGUCCAGCUGCACCGUCACGGCCCUCGCCGUGUGCCGCGCCAACGCCAGCCAGGCACAGGCCGCCCCGCCGGCCACAGCCGCAGCCGGCGGCAGCACCAGUGGCAGUGGCAGUGGCACCGCCAACACUGCCAGCGGCACCAGCACCAGUACCCACAGCAGCGGGACCCCAGCGCAGUUUGUCCCCGGCAUGAACGUCUUGUCAGUCUCGCGCACCCUUGGCGCUGGCCCCAACGCCGCCUUGCCCUCCUGCGACUUCCGGACCCUGGCCUCCUUCCCACAGGCUGCCCCCGCGGCCCCGGCAGCUAUCCCGCCCUCCGCCAACAGCAGCAGCAGCAGCAGCAGCAACGGCUCUGCCCGCUCGCCUAGCGGUGUGGUGGUGGUCAGCCCCAAGCCCGCUGCGACCGGUGGCAUGGGCGACAGCACUCUGACUGCGCAGCUGGAGCUGGGGGUCUCGUCCAUCCGCGUCAGCAUGGCCGUUGUGGAGAUGGUGCUGCCGGACGGCCCCACCGAGCAGGUGUCGGGUCUGCAACUGGUGCUGGGCGGGGUGGAGGAGGAGGUGCUGGGCGCGGUCAGCAGCGGCGGCUGGUACACGCUGCAGCUGCAGCCCGGGGAGGCGGUGGUGGCUGUGGCGGGCUGCGCCGGCACCAACCUGGAGCAGCUGGUGGUCAUCACGUCACUGGGCCGCCGCUGGGCGCCGCCCAUGUCGCGCAGCAGCCUGUGCACCGCGCCCUUCUACGAGGCGGCGCCGCCAGGCGGCGUGCUGAUGGGGCUGCAGGGCAGCCAGGGCUACUUCAUCGAGCAGCUGCAGCUGGUGUGGGCACAGCCGCUGUCCGCCCUCACGCCGCCGCCGCUUCCGGCGAGCGGGGCAGGCGGGAGCGGCGACCCGCCACAGGGAGCUGCCCUCGGCAUCGGGGUGGGCGUGGCGUGCGGCGGUGCAGCGCUGCUGGCUGCAGCCCUGGCCGGCCUGCUUUACGCGCGGCAUCGCCGGGCGCAGCAGCUGGCGGCUGGUGCGGCUGCCACUGGCGCAAGCGGCACCGACCUGUCACCUGCCGACGAUAAGUCAACGGAGGCUUCGGAGGAGACACCUAGGAGCUCAGCUGGGCUCGACUGCGCCAAGGACUUGGCGGGUGGUCGCGUGGUCGGUGGUGGACCGCCGGGCAGUGGCACUGCUGGAGCGGGUGCCCCUGAUGUGCCAAUGGUCGCACUAUCCAUGGCUGAGUUGCCAUCGAGCAGGGCUGCUGUCGGCGCGCCCGCAAGCUCCAACGGCAACGGCAGUGUGGCUGGCGCCGCGUCGGAACCAACCUCGUGGAUGCGGCCGCCGUUGGGUGGUGCCGAUGGGACGGCGGGCGAUCCCGCCGCGGCGGUCGCCGCCGCAGCCGCGGCUGCAGCCACAGCCGCAGCUAUCGCAGCGGCCCGCCCGCCGCUGGCCGUGAUAGGCAGCUCCGGCAACAUAUUUGCACGCGUGCCGCCAGGGGCGGCAGCCGCGGCGGCAGCCGCGGCGGGCGCAUGUGGCGGCGACACAAGCGGGCGGGUGGCACCUGUGAGCGCCACAGGCACCACAGACGCGCUGGCGCCGACUACCGGAAGCGCCGCGUUGGAGCCUUUGACCGACGUGUCUGACUACAGCAGCAAGCCCGUGGAGGCUCUCCAAGCGCUUAACACCAUGCUGAGGCACGACAUUGGAAAUCGUGCAGACACGCAGCCCGGAGGCUUCGGCGGUGGUGGGGCCGGCGCAGGUGCGGCAAGAGGCAGCGGCGGCUCACUGCCAACAGCCGCCGCGGCUGCAGCUCAAAUGCAUGCGCAGGCGCAGGCGGCCACGGCUGCGGCCAUCAUGGCGUCAGGCCUCACAACCUGGCAGUUCAGCGGCCCCCGCACCUCCGCGAAUGGGCCACAGCAGCCCCCGGCGGGCAUGGCGGAGGACAAAGAUGCACAGCGGCGGCUGGCGGCUCGCGGCGAAGGCUGUAGCAGCCCCGACCAGACCGUCGCCCGCAGCCAGAGCAGCUGCAGCGCCCACGGUGCCUCGCAUGUGGACGCCGCUCCCUUCACAGUAGCAGGCAACAGCAGCAGUGCUGCUGCCAGCAGGGCAGUCGCGGACCGGGCGGCUAGUGGCGAGGCAGGUGCGGAGCCGGGGAUGCCGGCUGGGGGCCGGCAGCCCGGAGAUGAAGGGCGGGCGCUGGUCAGCAACCGGGAGGAUGGCGUCACCUCUGAAGCGGGUGGGGGCACGCCUAGGCGCGCUGCGUUGUUGUCGUCGGUCGCGGCCGCGGAGCAUGCGGCCGCAGCGCCGCAGUCACCGCUAGCGUCGCCGCGGCGUGCGACCACCAGCCGCGUAGUUGCGCUGACGGCACCGGGGAGUGCGGCCACGGCACUGGGACUGCGCAUGGCUUCCAGUCGAUACACGAACGCGCCCGGCCUGGUGCCUGCAAGCCACCUGGCGGGCGGCAGCGGGUGCGUGUCCGCGCGCGCCGCUAGUGUGACUGGCGCCAGCGCCGUCAGUGGGGCAGCCUCAGCCGCAAUGCAGAAUGCUCCGGUCGGUGCGCCCGGCGGUCCCACGGCGCCGGGCCCCUCAGCCUUGAGGUCCGCUGUGGGCCCUGGCGGCGGUAGCGGCGGCAGCGGCGGGGUGCCUGCCGCGCAGACAGCUCGGUUCAGCGCCACAGUCGCCGCGGCCUCUGCUGUGUCGGCCGCGGCGGCCCUGGCGGGCGGAGGCGCCGUGCUACUGCCAGCAGGCGGCACAGGCGUCAACCACGCCGCGGACGUUGUUUGGCUUCCCAACACCCGCCGCCCCGCCGCCACUGCCGCGGCUGGUUCCACUUCCUCGGCGGACGCGGCUGCACAGGGCCUGCCGGUCCUAGGCGGCAGCGGUAGCUCGGCGUCCGCGGGGCCUGCAGCCGUCAACAGUGUGUCUUCGGGGCCUGCUGCCGGCAGCGCCACCGACACCACUGGCCAGCACAGCCGCGCGCUCCUGCAGUCGCCUGCAUCGGGCUCAGGCCCAAUUGCAGGCAGCGUGGGCGCCUCUGUUGCCUCUGCCCGCGUCGGCAGCGGCGCGAUGCUUGUGGGCGGUGGCGGUGUGGGCGGCAUGGGCGGUGGCGGUGGCGGUGCGAACACGGCCGAGCACGAUCUGGAGGAGCGGAUUGCGGCGGAGGCGGCUGCGGACCCCAGCCGUAACAUGCGGCUAGGCGUGGACCUGGACAUUGAUGCCACCUCCUACCUGGGACACGGUGCCUCCGGUGUGGUGCGUAGAGGGGUGCUGCACACGCCUGUCGGGCCCGUGCCUGUGGCGGUGAAGCUGCUCGUGUCGCCAGACGGCACGGAGGCGGCGGCGGGCGUGCAUGCCAGACACCUGCGCGGCCUGGCGCAGGAGGUGCGCGUGCUCAGCCGGCUGGCCCACCCCAACGUGGUGCGGUUCUACGGCGCGUGCCUGGACCCGCAACCGCCGCCGCAGCCGCGCUCGCUCGCCGGCGCCGCCUCGCCUACGCCUGUUGCGGGCGCGGCGGUGCCGCGGCCGUUCAUCGUGGAAGAACUAAUGGCCACGUCACUCAACAAGAUCCUGCAUGGCAAGAGCCGCGGCACAGGCGCCUUCUCGCACGACUACGGACUGGCGGACGUGCUAUGCAUUGCACGUGACGUGGCAGCGGGCCUGGCCUACCUGCACCCCACCGUGGUCCACCGCGACCUCAAGCCCGGCAACGUGCUGCUGGAUGAGGCCGGCACAGCCAAGAUCACAGACUUUGGGCUGGCGCGGUUCAAGGCCAACACGGCGCUGACCACGGCGGAAAUAGAAGUGGGCACUGCGCCUUACAUGGCCCCAGAGGUGUUCCUGGCGAACGCCGACGUCAAGGUCACCGACCGCGCCGAUGUCUACUCCCUGGGCAUUAUCAUAAACGAGAUGGUCACACGCCAGAGGCCGUGGGAGGGCAUGCGGCCGGUGGUCAUCGGUUUCCAAGUGGCCAUGGAGCGCAAGCGCCCGCCGCUGCCCGCGCCUGACCACCCGCUGUGCCCGCCCGGCCUGCGCUCCCUCAUCGAGCGCUGCCUGCGACACAACCCCGAGGAGCGCCCCUCCAGCGCGGAGAUCGCGAAGCGCCUGACGCUGCUGCUCGGCGAGCACUGCGGUGACCUGGGGCUGGGCGCAGCCGUGGCCGCGGCGGCGGCAGCCGCGGCCAGCAGCGGCCGCAGUACCGCCUCGUUCGGAGGCGGCGGCGGCAGCGGCAGCGCGGACGCGCGCAUGGUCCGGGCGGCUGCGGUUGCUGCAGUGCGGCAGACGCCUGUGCUACACCCACAGGCGCCGUCGCCAUCGGUAGCAUGGGCGCCCUAUCAACUCUUGCAGCCCCCUGCAAUGCCUGCUGCCGCGGCUCAGCCAGGCGCCGCGGCUCCGGCGGGCGGCGAAGUAGUCGGCGGCGCGCUCGCCGCUGCAGCCCAGAACGUGGCGCAUCUUCAAGCCUUGCUGCACGCACAGCAGCAGCAGCAGCAGCAGCAGCAGCAGGGCCUGGUUCCGGGGGGUUCGCCUCUGCCUGCAGCCUGCCCGCAGCGGCCAUCGCCCGCUCUGGGCGGCGCCGCCACUGUGCUAGGAAGCACAAGCUCCUGCCCUGUGGCCGCUGAGGCGCUGCCCGACAGUGCGAGUGAGCCAAGCAGCUUGGGGGGCCCACAGGGCCCUGCAGGCGCACCAGCGGCGGCCGCAUCUCCCUCUCCGUCGCCCUCGUUGCAUGCUGCGCAGCUGCAACAGCUCCUGGAGUUGCAGCAGCAGCUACAGCUGCAGCUACAGCAGCACCUGCAGCAGCUGCCGCAAGUGCAGGUGGCACAGCUACUGCCGCCGGGGGGCGACACGGCUGCGGCUCUGGCUAGUGGCGCCGCUGUGUCUGCUACGAGCUUGGCUGGUCCGGGGUUUAUUGCGGGGCCGCCGGGUGCAACUCUGGUGUCGCCUGUGCUUUCAUUGCUGACAUUUCCGACAUCUGGCGGCAGGGCCGCUGCCGCGGUCGCGGCACCGGGUGACGCCGCGGGAGGCGGCCGCGCACCGCCCAGCUCUGGUACGGCACAGGCGGCCGUGGCGGACGCAGUGAAUGCCUAAUAAGGCUGGAUGCAUACCGUGCGCGCUUGCUUACGCGAUUACCUUGGCAAUUUAUUAAUAUUAGCGCGCGGCAAGAGUGGUGCUGCCCUGGUCAAGGUGUCAGCAGCGUCAGUGCGACGGCAUGGGUGGCUUUGGACCCAGCCAUACCCGUCAUUGCAAGCACUCUUGAGCAUUUACUUUCCUGAACGACGGUACCAUUUUCGAGCAUUGAAUGUUGCGGACAUUGCAAUUUUAGAGGUGCGGUUUUUUACAAAUGGUAUUGAAAAAGCAUGCAUUGCUGAACUGAACGUAACUGGAGGGGGCGGUGGGUUGGGUGUCACUGUGGGGUGUUGCGGCCUACACACGGGUUAGUGCUGGGGGGCAGUGUUUGUUGCUGCAGCUGGAGAGUGUACGGCUGUAAUGCAGCUGCCUGCUGCGCUAGGACCAGACACCAGCUGGAAAUUGCUCUUGAGCAGUACAUGGGGCGGCGACACGGUUUGGUCCCACUCGCAUGAGACGGCUGCCAGGUAGUGCAUGUGUGUGUAUGACGCAUGCGUUUGCAAGUUGCCACUUUUGCAGCCCUCGGCCCCAAGGAGAGCCGUUGGUUUUUCUCGGUAUUUGAGCGGCGCUGUUGCUGGUGUCUGCUGCUGCCAUGCAAGGGCAUUGGUAUGUUCAUCGUGUUAUGUGCACGCGAGCUAUCUCCAAGCUGUGUGGGUAGAAUGGCACAGCCGGUGUGGGCUCGCCUAAUUCUUCUUGCUGCAACGUACGGCGCUUGAUAUAAUGUUGCAUUCGGCGCUCCCUGACUGGUUAUCGAACGCAGCAUGCCCUUUGCAGCUUCAUGGAUGUAAAGUUGACGGCACUAAUGGUGGCGAUGGUGGCGGGUAGUGGGGGCGCCACAGCGCGGACAGGCUUGCAUUGCAUCCAACGCCGGUGCAGGAGAAGUAUGUAGUUCAGUAUCCCCGGGCAAUGCAAGCUAAUCAUUGGUUGGCUCCCGUGAAACGUUUGGGUUCACGAGCUGGGCAGUCUUCUGAUGUCUUGCAACUGUCAGAGGCCAAGUAGGGUGGAGGGUAGGAAGGCUUUCUGGCGCGGGACGAGGUGGUGGUGAUAUGGUACGGACUACAGGUGGUGCAAUGGUGUUACUGGUGGUCUUAUGGUAUACAGGUAUACGGGUGGUCUUACGGUAUUGCUACACGUAGAAGGGCAUACUUGACCCACGUAUGGCCCGAGUUGGACACCAUUGCCGAGCAGCUCGUGAUGGAACAUGGCAAGGGGCAGGAAAGCGUAGUCCCGAUGUGUGUGGCUCCCACCCGUGCCCACAUAAAUGCGUAGCAAGAAGGGACAAGGCAUUGGUGCGUCGUUCGCGCGCUGUUACUGUACCGACGGUAGCUGGCAGGUUGUGUCGAUGUUUUGCUGACGCGCAUUCCUCACGCUCCGGGCGCCCGGCCAAGGCGAUAGCACCACACAGACUCAAUGCGACGCCACACCGCGCGGAUAGCAUAGCCGAUGCGCACCUGCAGGCAGUCGACCGGCGUCCACGGAUGCCGGUCAGCGUCGGAGGCACUGACAGGACGCCGCCUUCCUGCGUCUACCACAUUCCUUGGGCCCUCGGCUGUCCCACCGCCCUGGACCCUGGGCCGGGGCAUGUUAGUCGUUG